AUGUGCGUGGAAGAGUGUGCGUCACAUGCCGACUGUGAAUCGCUUGGCAAACGGGGGCAUUGGUGCUGUUCAAAUGGAUGUGGUCAUGUUUGCGUCACUCCACUGAGGGCAGAGGCAGCAACGUCCAAAGCCUUCAUCAUCAUUGCUGCGCUGCAGAGGGAUGCAGACAUUGCAGAAAUCGCCAAUGUGGUACCCCCACCCGCGUCAAAGUCGGAGCUUCGUUCUCUGCGUAUGCUGACCUUAAAGUAUUCACACGACAGUGAGCGUGAUGCAUGUCAGGCAUUUCGCCAACUGUCAUCGAUUGCCAAGGUUUCAUCCGUUGAGUGGGAUGGAGCACCAGCAAAUUGUGCAGAAACUGAUUUGUGA